CAGAAGUAAUCAAAGGCAUACGGUUAUGUUUACCUCAUUUAGAAGAGGCAGAUUCAAGCUGGAAUUGUGAAUGCUUCUCUAAGAUGCUCAAACUAAUGUUUCUUGAAUUUGAUAAUUUAAUAAUUAGUUCAGGCCCCAAAUUCCUUGAUAAUUCUCAAAUGGAAUAGGUAUCCUUCCAAAUCUCUUCCAGCUAGAUUCCGGCCAAAUAUGCUUGCUGAACUGAAGAUGCGAAGAAGCAAUCUUGUCCGGCUUUGGGAUGGAAGACAGGACUUGCCUAACUUGAAAUAUAUGGAUCUUAGUGAGUCCAAAAACUUGAAGGAGACCCCAGAUUUCACAGGUAUUCCGAAUCUUGAGAGAUUGAAUCUUGCAAAUUGUGACGGUUUAGUUAAGAUCCAUCCAUCCAUUGCAGUCCACAAAAAGCUUAAAUGGCUGAUACUUCAUCAAUGCAAAAAUGUUAAGUGCUUCCCAAGUAAGAUUGAAAUGGAUUCUCUCGAGUUUCUCAACCUUUCUUACUGCUCAAAAGUAAAGAUUCCAGAAUUUGGAGAAGGAAUGAAAAAUUUGUCAUGCCUUCGCAUACCUGGGACUGCUACUGAGGAACUACCUUCAUCAAUUGAACAUCUGGUUGGCCUUACUAGUCUGGAUCUGUAUGAUAACAAAAGUCUCCAGAGUUUCCCGGGCACCGCAAUUUUUAAACUGAAGUCCCUUGAAUAUUUCAAUAUGGAUGGAGAAAAUACGGGGGAGACAAAGACUCUGAAACCAACGCGAAAUAUUGCGGGAUUUGGAGCCUGGAGAAUUGUGUGGGCAGGUGGGGGGGGCCCAUUGUUGUACGAGCAAGAUUUGGGAAAACCUCCUUAA